AAAAUUGAUGCUUCCCAUUUGGUGCAGUACCUCGAAGAUUUGGGUAGUCUGAGAUCCCAGUUUGCAUCCACUCAAGCAACUGCAGAUGCAAGUGCGCCAUCAGCACAUUCUGCACAGUUACAAUGCUUGGCAUUAGUAAAGGAGCUAGAUUCCAAGGCUACUACUUUAAAAGAGCAGGAAGAUCGUGUAACUAGACUAGGAGAGCAGUUAGACAGCUUGCGCAAGGAUCUCGAAGAAAGGGAAUCUUCACAAAAGCAACUCAAAGAUGAAGUGUUGAGAAUUGAGCAUGACAUUAUGCAAGCAGUUGCGAGCGCUGGGGAUAGCAGAGACUGUGAGCUGAGGAAAAUUCUGGAUGAGGUGUCCCCUAAGAAUUUGGAGAAGAUGAACAAGCUUUUGAUUGGCAAGGACGAAGAGAUAGGGAAGUUGAGAGAUGAGAUAAGGGUCAUGUCUGCUCACUGGAAGCUUAAGGCCAAUGAUUUGGAAUCUCAGUUGGAGAAGCAGAAACGAGCUGAUCAAGAACUGAAGAAGAGGGUUUUGAAGCUAGAAUUCUGUCUUCAGGAGGCCCGUUCCCAGACAAGAAAGCUCCUAAGGAUGGGGGAGAGAAGGGACAAAGCUAUCAAGGAGCUUCAGAACCAAUUAGCGGCGAAACAAGCUGUUGGUAGGGAAUUCAGCAACGAAAAGCAUAAGUUUUGGGAAACCUCCAGCUUCGAGAUUGUAGCUUCCAUGUCCAUGUUAGUCCUGGUUAUAUUCUCAAAGCAGUGA